CAGACCGAGAGUGCCCGCGAGCUACGCCGCAACUUCUACUGCGACCUUUGCAGCAAAGGCUAUGAUAGAAUCACACAACUCGAAGCCCACGAGAACGGCUAUGACCAUCAACACCGCAAGCGCAUGAAGGAAAUGAAGCAAAUCACCAGGAACCCCACCGCCGCCGUUCGCAACUCUCGUGCCGAAAAGAAG